AUGGAAAAGGAUGAUUUGACCAUAAUUACGGACAAAAACUUAAACCCCUCUCAGUUCCUGUACCCGCCCGAAGAAAAAGAAGAGGAGACAGGGAACCCAGAGCAUGAUUGUAGCGAAAUAAUAGAAUUACAGACCAAGAGUAGGGAAGACCUGGAAGAACAGCCUCUGGCCGAGGGAAGCCGAUGGUUCAUAGACGGGUCAUCCCGGUGCAUAGAUGGGAAAAGACACAGUGGAUACGUUAUAGUCGACGGGGAUACGUUAAGUGAUAUAGAAUCUCGACGAUUACCUGGGAGCUGGUCAGCUCAGUCUUGUGAGCUCUAUGCCCUGACGUGGGCAUUGGAGUUACUUGAAGGCAAAGAAGGCACCGUAUAUACUGAUUCAAAAUAUGCCUUUGGAAAGAUUUGGAAGGAGUGGGGAAUGAUAACAGCGAGCGGGAGAGAGUGAACACAUGAACAGUUGAAUUAGAAAACCUUGGAAUCAUUAACAAAGCCAGAGCAAAUAGCCGUAGUACAUGUGGCAGGACACCAGAAGGGAAAUUCUCCAGAGGCCCGGGGAAACAGAGCCGCGGACGAGGCGGCAGAACGGGCAGCUUUACAGGGGACGGUAAAGAUAAUGUCUCUAGUACCUCUCAGGGAAGGGAUAGAGAAGAUACCCGUGUUCUCCGAAUUCGAUAUAGAUAGGAUGAAUGAGCUGGGAGCGAAAAUAACAAAAGAUGGACGAUGGUGGAAACCGGAUGGGAAGCAACUGCUAAAUAAGGAGGUUAUCAGAGAAUUAUUGGGAAGAUUACAUUCCCAGUCACACUGGGGGCUCAGGCAUUAUGUGACACUCUUUUACAUACGUAUGCUUGCAGGGGGAUAUACACUCUGGCUAAACACGCAGUCUCAAGCUGUGUGAUCUGUCAGAAGAUAAAUAAGAAAGUGAUGAGGGCAGCGCCGGGAGGAGGGCAGCAGUUAGCCAUCAGGCCAUUCCAGAGAGGACAGGUAGAUUUUACUGAACUCCCCAGGAUACAGACAUAGAAAUACCUCUUAGUGGUUGUGGAUCACUUUAC